GGCCGCAGACCCCAGCCCGGCCUCGGCGCCCGGCGCCCGGCGUCCCGGCCCCCGCGCCCACUGUUGCUGCUAAUGCCGCCGCUGCUGCUGCUACCGCUGCUCGCCGCCCCUGGCGCCUCUGCCUACAGCUUCCCCCAGCAGCACACGAUGCAGCACUGGGCCCGGCGCCUGGAGCAGGAGAUCGAUGGCGUGAUGCGGAUCUUUGGGGGUGUCCAGCAGCUCCGCGAGAUCUACAAGGACAACCGCAAUCUGUUUGAGGUUCAGGAGAACGAGCCUCAGAAGUUGGUGGAGAAGGUGGCAGGGGAUAUUGAGAGCCUGCUGGACAGGAAGGUGCAGGCCCUGAAGAGAUUGGCUGAUGCUGCAGAGAACUUCCAGAAAGCCCACCGCUGGCAGGACAACAUCAAGGAAGAAGACAUCAUGUACUAUGACGCUAAGGCUGACGCUGAGCUGGAUGACCCUGAGAGUGAGGAUGUGGAGAGGGGGUCCAAGGCCAGCACUCUAAGUCUGGACUUCGUUGAGGACUCAAACUUCAAGAACAAGGUCAACUAUUCGUACACGGCCGUGCAGAUCCCCACGGACAUCUACAAAGGCUCCACCGUCAUCCUCAAUGAGCUCAACUGGACAGAGGCCCUGGAGAACGUGUUCAUCGAGAACCGCAGGCAGGACCCCACGCUGCUGUGGCAGGUCUUUGGCAGUGCCACAGGAGUCACUCGCUACUAUCCAGCCACCGCGUGGCGAGCCCCCAAGAAAAUAGACCUGUAUGAUGUCCGAAGGAGACCCUGGUAUAUCCAGGGGGCCUCAUCGCCCAAGGACAUGGUCAUCAUCGUGGAUGUCAGUGGAAGCGUGAGUGGCCUGACCCUGAAGCUGAUGAAGACAUCCGUCUGCGAGAUGUUGGACACGCUGUCUGACGAUGACUAUGUGAAUGUGGCCUCGUUCAACGAGAAGGCGCAGCCUGUGUCAUGCUUCACACAUCUGGUGCAGGCCAAUGUGCGUAACAAGAAGGUGUUCAAGGAAGCGGUGCAGGGCAUGGUGGCCAAGGGCACCACAGGCUACAAGGCCGGCUUUGAGUAUGCCUUCAACCAGCUGCAGAACUCCAACAUCACUCGUGCCAACUGCAAUAAGAUGAUCAUGAUGUUCACGGAUGGUGGCGAAGAUCGCGUGCAGGACGUCUUUGAGAAGUACAAUUGGCCCAACCGGACGGUGCGCGUGUUCACUUUCUCCGUGGGGCAGCAUAACUACGAUGUCACACCCCUGCAGUGGAUGGCCUGUGCCAACAAAGGUUACUAUUUUGAGAUCCCUUCCAUCGGCGCCAUCCGCAUCAACACACAGGAAUAUCUAGAUGUAUUGGGCAGGCCCAUGGUGCUGGCGGGCAAGGAGGCCAAGCAGGUGCAAUGGACCAACGUGUAUGAGGAUGCGCUGGGACUGGGGUUGGUGGUAACAGGGACCCUUCCUGUCUUCAACCUGACACAGGAUGGCCCUGGGGAAAAGAAGAACCAGUUGAUCCUGGGCGUGAUGGGCAUCGAUGUGGCUCUGAAUGACAUUAAGAGGCUGACUCCUAACUACACGCUUGGAGCCAACGGUUACGUGUUUGCCAUUGACCUGAAUGGCUAUGUGUUGCUGCACCCCAACCUGAAGCCCCAGACCACCAACUUCCGGGAGCCUGUGACUUUGGACUUCCUGGAUGCAGAGCUGGAGGAUGAGAACAAGGAGGAGAUCCGUCGGAGUAUGAUCGAUGGCAACAAAGGCCACAAGCAGAUCAGAACACUGGUCAAGUCCCUGGACGAGAGGUACAUAGACGAGGUGAUGCGGAACUACACCUGGGUGCCUAUAACGAGCACCAACUACAGCCUAGGGCUAGUGCUCCCGCCCUACAGCACCUUCUACCUCCAAGCCAACCUCAGCGACCAGAUCCUGCAGGUCAAGUAUUUUGAGUUCCUGCUCCCCAGCAGCUUUGAGUCUGAAGGACAUGUUUUCAUUGCUCCCAGAGAGUAUUGCAAGGAUCUGAAUGCCUCAGACAACACCACCGAGUUCCUGAAAAACUUCAUUGAGCUCAUGGAGAAAGUGACUCCAGACUCCAAGCAGUGCAACAACUUCCUUCUGCACAACCUGAUCUUGGACACAGGAAUCACGCAGCAGCUGGUAGAACGUGUGUGGCGGGACCAGGAUCUCAACACGUACAGCCUUCUGGCCGUGUUUGCUGCCACUGACGGCGGCAUCACUCGUGUAUUCCCCAACAAGGCAGCUGAGGACUGGACAGAGAACCCUGAGCCCUUCAAUGCCAGCUUCUACCGCCGCAGCCUGGAUAACCACGGCUAUGUCUUCAAGCCCCCACACCAGGAUGCCCUGUUAAGGCCACUGGAGCUGGAGAAUGACACAGUGGGCAUCCUCGUCAGCACAGCUGUGGAGCUCAGCCUGGGUGGACGCACACUGAGGCCAGCAGUGGUGGGCGUUAAGCUGGACCUAGAGGCCUGGGCUGAGAAGUUCAAGGUGCUAGCCAGCAACCGUACCCAUCAGGACCAGCCUCAGAAGUGUGGCCCCAGCAGCCACUGUGAGAUGGACUGUGAGGUUAACAAUGAGGACCUGCUCUGUGUCCUCAUUGAUGAUGGGGGAUUCCUGGUGCUAUCAAACCAGAACCAUCAGUGGGACCAGGUGGGCAGGUUCUUCAGUGAGGUGGAUGCCAAUCUGAUGAUGGCACUCUACAAUAAUUCCUUCUACACCCGCAAGGAGUCCUAUGACUAUCAAGCAGCCUGUGCCCCCCAACCCCAGGGCAAUCUGGGUGCCGCACCCCGGGGCAUCUUUGUGCCCACCAUUGCAGACUUCCUUAACCUGGCCUGGUGGACCUCGGCUGCUGCCUGGUCCGUGUUCCAGCAGCUUCUCUAUGGCCUCAUCUACCACAGCUGGUUCCAGGCAGACCCCACGGAGGCCGAGGGCAACCCCGAGGCGCGCGAGAGCAGCUGCGUCAUGAAACAGACUCAGUACUACUUCGGUUCGGUGAACACCUCCUACAAUGCCAUCAUCGACUGCGGAAACUGCUCCAGGCUAUUCCACGCGCAGAGACUGACCAACACCAACCUUCUCUUCGUGGUGGCCGAGAAGCCGCUGUGCAGCCAGUGUGAGGCAGGCCGGCUGCUGCAGAAAGAGACACACUCGGACGGCCCGGAGCAGUGUGAACUGGUGCAGAGACCGCGAUACCGGAGAGGCCCGCACAUCUGCUUCGACUACAACGCGACGGAAGAUACCUCAGACUGCGGCCGCGGAGCCUCCUUCCCGCCGUCGCUGGGCGUCCUGGUCUCCUUACAGCUACUGCUCCUCCUGGGCCUGCCUCCCCGGCCGCAGCCUCAAGUCCACGCCCACGCCUCGCGUGGCCUCUGAGCGCCCCCAAGGCCUCCCCUCCUCUCCCCGGCUCUCCCGCCCCACACUCCCUGCCUUAGAGCCUCGCCCCCUCCCUCACUGAAAGACCUGAGCGCACCAGGCCCCGAGAGUCUGCACCUUAGAAUGGAGGGUCCCAAAGGAGGGCGCCGCAGGUCUUUGGACCCCAAGCCACGUCUCGCUGCUGAACUGUCAAAGUGUUCUCAGACCCCUCAUUCUCACUGGACUUACCCAUCCCCGAGGGCUGGGACAGGGAGGCCACAGUACUGGUGCCAAACCAGGUCUCCACUACCCGCCCUACCCGGAGGCUCCCUUUGUGUGGGAGACUUAGGCCCUGCCCCAGCUGGACUCCUCGGACCUGGACCUUCUGCCCCACCCAGGACCAAAUCUAGAUUCCCUGGGAGUAAUGGAGGAAGUUGAGAUGGGUAGUUUGAGGCCUGUGCAUCCCAGCUUCAAUCCUGGCAGGAGAGAGGUCCUGGGGCAGCCCCCCAAUGGGCUCCUGUCCCUCUCAGGCCUACAGCCACCUCCCCCACCCCAAGCCCUGCAGGUGUCAGGGCAGUGACAGUGACACUGGCUCAGACACAACCCUAUACACAUCUGGAGCCCUGAGGUUAGAAACUGGACUCACAUUAGACGUACCCUGGAGGACACACACACAUACACAAAC